CAGAAGUUGAUACGGAGACAAUGGAGAUAACAGAGACACCAUUUGAAGAGACAAUGGUUCAGGAAGACCUCCAAAGUCCAUUUCCUCAUAGCUUCCAUCGUCCAUCCCUCGACAGAUCUUUUGCUCUCCCUCAGAUUUUGCAGUCUGUGGAGGAACCAGAAGUUGAUACGGAGACAAUGGAGAUAACAGAGACACCAUUUGAAGAGACAAUGGUUCAGGAAGACCUCCAAAGUCCAUUUCCUCAUAGCUUCCAUCGUCCAUCCCUCGACAGAUCUUUUGCUCUUCCUCAGAUUUCACAGUCUGUAGAGGAGACAAAAGUUUGUGCUAUGUCAGCGGAAGAACGUCAGAGUCUGUCUUCUGUCCACACCCGUCCUUCCUCGUCUGUGAAACUGCCCAAAAUUCAGACUCAAGUAAAGCCUUCACUUCAGAAGUCUGAGAAACCCGAGACUCGCAAAUAUGAUUCUGCAGUCUCGGGCAGCAUUGAGGAGCAGUACAUGAAGAACAGCGAGGAGGAUGGAGACAAACUGCUUCAUGCAAGCAUGAAAGACCCAUCGUUCAUAAUUGACAUCAAAGCUCAAGAAAACAACCUCCAGCAGCUGGAUCGAGCUUUUCAAAAUAACAACAUUUCCUCUGAAAUGUACAACCUGUGCAGAGGAACCGUCAAUCAGACACUUAAUAGUGUUGAGCUGCGUCUUGGAUGUCUUUUACGGAGAUACAUCAAACAUGUCCAAAUGAAGCAAUUAAGGAAGACGCUCGAUGGAAAUUUCAAGGCAACCAGAAAUUUAAGGGAUGGACUGGAGUUCAAAAAAGUCCAUUCUCAGCUCUGCAAGUUUGACCGUUUCCAACGGAGUGUAAACAAAAUCUGGGAUGCCAAGCAAGCCUCCACCGAUGAGACACGAGGACUCUGCAUCGCACGGACGGUCCAUUUAUACCAUCAGGUGAAUGCAGUUCAUGGCCUACAUCUGACAGGCAUAUCAUUUGUGCAAAGGCAUGUAUCACUGCCUCUGCUCACUGUGACACCCGUGCGGUUCAGCUCCAAUCUGUGUCCAUCUCCUCCUCGGGGACCGCGAACUUCACCCAGCAGAGCCAGUCCAGCACGUCAUCCUCAAAUCCACCCUAAACCUCUGCACCACAGGACCAAGAACACACCAGGCAGUUUCCUGAAGAUCAGUCACAUUCAAUAAUGAUGGCCAGUGUCAACAUAAUGGCUCAUAUCUGAACCCAAUAACAGAUUAUUGAAAUGUCACAAAGGUAAAACAAAAGCGAGGACGCAUCAGGACCAGACUCUGGAAAAACAGAAGCACCGGCCUGUAGACAUAGGACGAUGGGUUCAUUUACAUUUGUUACACUGCACUGCUCAGUCAGCAGUUAUUGACAUCUAAAUGUAGCCAUUGAUUGGUUAACCCAUAUUAGUGAUUUCAAGCUUUGCCAGAGUCAAAUAGCCUAUGUUAUAUUAAGGAAGAGCUAUGUCUUAAUCAGUGUAUAUUUUUGUUUAAGCUUAUAUUGUAAUAAAUAUAUGAAUAAACAUAUGUAUAAUAAAAAUGAUAAAUAAUAAAGA